AUGUUUACCCCUGUACUAUUCGUCUUCAGUUUCUUUACCUGCUUAUGCCGUCAUGUUGGAGCUACCUUUGAACACAAUCCCGUGGAAGGCAUCAUCACCAACCAUGUCAAAAGCUUCGAUUGCCCCACAGCUACACGCACUCAACUGAGCCAACAUGAACUACAGGCAGCAAUGAACAGAUUUGCUUACCUUUUCUAUGUGAAGAAAGAUGUUGAGGCAGCUUUUAACCAAUACGUUGCAACUAAUUAUGUCCAACACAAUCCGGAUAUACUUGACGGUAGAGAUGCGGCAAUUGAUGGUCUGAAACCAUUGUUCAGUGCGAAAGAAAACACAUUCAAGGUGGGCACUACCUUGAGACAAACCGUCUACCAGCUCUACUUAUAUUUCACACAGAUUGCAAGAGUAAUGGUAGGCCCGGAAUACUCGACGAUUCAUAUCAAGUCAAUGACUGAAGGCCAGCCAUCCUAUAAUGUUUUUGAUGUCUACAAAACCAUUGGGUCCUGUAUUGUCGAACAUUGGGACUGUUUGGAAGAGAUCGUGAAUAGUACAGUUUCAGAUCAUCCAUAUUUUUGA